CGCAGUGGCGGAUCAUUGGGGCAGACGCGUGAGCAGGCAGGUAGACAGACUGAAACACCAACGAAAUCCGCUCAGUUCGCAGUUAAAGUCAAAGGAAUACGCUUUUAAAAGAGCCAAAGAACCCCGAGGAUAAAGCAGCGAAGAGCUUCAGCUGGCCACACAUGGAACAGCAGCUGCGGACCAGAGAUGAGGAACACCAGGAGGAGUCUGACUGUCACCAUGACAACAGUGAUGGGAACAACAACAACAACAACAGACGAAAGACAGUGUGUCCCGGUGUUGGUGAACACCCUCUGCAGUACAACUACACCUUCUGGUACAGCCGACGAACUCCAAGUCGACCUGCCAGUUCACUGAGCUACGAACAAAACAUCAGGCAGAUUGGAACGGUCGCCUCGGUGGAGCAGUUCUGGAGGUUCUACAGCCACCUGGUCAGGCCUGGAGAUCUGAGUGGACACAGUGACUUCCACCUCUUCAAGGAGGGAAUCAAACCCAUGUGGGAGGACGAGUGUAACCGCGGCGGGGGGAAGUGGAUCAUCCGGCUGCGUAAAGGCCUGGCCAGCCGGUUCUGGGAGAACAUCGUGCUGGCCAUGCUGGGGGAGCAGUUCAUGGUGGGGGAGGAGAUCUGUGGAGCCGUGGUGUCCAUCCGCUUCCAGGAGGACAUCUUGUCCAUCUGGAACAGGACGUCCAACGAUCACACCACCACGUCCAGAAUCAGAGACACUUUGAGACGAGUCCUGAACCUCCCAGCCAACACCAUCAUGGAGUACAAGACCCACAAUGACAGCCUCAGGGAUAACUCCAGCUUCAGAAACACAAAGAUCUCCCUAUGAGAAAGCAGCCAAUCGGGAUGCGGCUCAUUGUCUCAUUGACCAAUCAGGAUGCAGCUCACACCCUUCCUCUGCCGUGUGUGUGCUGACAACGGACCAAUGGAAGGACAGUACUGGAUGAAGCUGUGUGUCUGGCCAGCAGCUGGUGGAUGUAUGGAUCACUUUAGUUUGGAAGUUUGUUUUCUGAUUGUUUUCUGUAAAUAAACGCUCUGCUGA